UAAAUAGUUAUGGAACAAAACUCUUUUUUUCUAAUAUGAAAUAAAAAAGAAAUAUUUUUGCCUUUCUCUCACUUUCGCUCGUUACACUUUAUGUACUAAAUAGUAAAGCCAGAUAAUGUGUUCUGCAAUUAAUAAAUACAUACGAUAAUUGAACAAUAAACAAAUCGCUGAAAAUGUUUGUUUAUUAAAAAAAUUAUAACAAAAAAAAUGUUUUAAAAAUUCACCAAAGUUAUAAACUUUUAUUACUAUGAAAAAUUUAGGAAAACAUGUUAUAUAUGUAGGUAAAAUAAUUGGAAUUUGUCUCUAACAAUUGGACGGUUAAGCAUUCUUUAACAACCUUUAGAAUAAACAGAUGAUUGACCACAAUACCAAAAAAAAGCAAUUAAUAUUAAAGUAUACGUCACUGCCACGAUCACAGAAAUAAAUAUGAAAUUGCAUAGCUGUAAGCCAUCAUUUCUUUAUAUCAUUCAUUGUCGGAUACAGAACCAGGAUAAGGGAAAUUUGUUAUUUUUUUUUAAAGCACCAGCUGCAGAUGAGUGAAAUAUCAUACAAGUAACAAAAUAAAACCAAGCAGAAAGCGCAAGUAUAAAAUUAGUUACUUGAACUAAACCGCAUAAGGAAACCAAAUUAGAAAAUCAAUGCAAAAAACCACAGAACUCUUGGGUUGUAACAUUUCUAGAUAAUAAGUUAAAAAAAUUAAUAUUAAUACAACAAACAACAAUAAUAAUAUUAAAAUUAAUAUGUAAUACUAGAAAAACACUCAUAUACUCGCCAUUUACGAAUCAAAGAAUGUUUUUUCUUUAAAUAAAACACAAAAACAACAACAAAACAUCUUUACGAAACUUAGCAAAAUUAACGUCAUAAAUUAUUUACGAUGCUAUUACACAACGAUUUAUACAAAAGACAACUCUAUUUGACACCCAAGACAUGCCGCAGGAAAAGCAUGAAGAGCUUUAAAGUUUUAUCUAGCCAUAGAAGGAAAUGUAAUUUUCAAUACUUUAAAAGCAAAGAAAAACCGCCAUCAGUACAGCAACAGCAACAUUCGAGGAGAUUGUUUUUUCAAAAUCAAGAGACUUGUAACUUCACAACUAUUAGCAAUGGUAAUUCAUAUAAAGCAACAACACAUCAGCAAAAAGAAAUGCAAGAUAACCAACAAGCAAAGCAACGGCAACAUUGCGAAAACUAUAGUUUAAGACUGGGUCUCCGUAAGCGGCGUCUAAGGCGAAAGCGUAAAAGAAAAUCCUUUGAAAAGCUUACAACUGCCUUAGCUGUACAACGUCAAGUCACAUUACCUAUCGCAUCAACUAAGAAAUCAACAGACGUAGACAUUGUAACUAAUAACAAAAGUCUUCAAACAAAUGAAGCGAUAGAACGAUCGCCGUUACAACAAUAUCAAGGAGACCAUUACCAUCAUCAUCGACAAAAACAAUAUAGUUAUCAUGGCCUUCAUCAUCAAGAUUUACAACUCCAAUACCAACAAAGACAGCAACAAGAACGAGACUUAAUAACAGUAUUACUAAGUUUAAUUUAA